CAAAUCAAAACCUAAUAAAACUUUCACCUUUUUCCCAAAGAAGGAACAAGAAAACCCCCAAUUUUUGUCUUUCCGAUUCUUAAUUUGUAUCUGGGGCUAGGGUUUUCUCUAAUUCGUCUUCUUCUUCUUCUUAAUGUUUCUGAAGCUCUAUUUCCUUAGUAUUUCCAUUCUUCAGUAACAAUUUUGAGGUGUAAAAUCGGCUUCAUACUUCGUUUUUGAGGCCGUAAUGGCUUCUGAAAUACAGAUGAGUCCUCAGUUAGAGCAGAUCGAUGGAGAAAUUCGGGACAAUUUUCGAGCUCUCGCAAAUGGCUUUCAAAAGCUGGAUAAAAUUAAAGACCCCAACAGACAAAGUAAACAGUUGGAGGAACUUACCGCCAAAAUGAGGGAAUGUAAGCGGUUGAUUAAAGAAUAUGACCGAGAACUCAAAGACGACAAAGCCAGAUAUUCUCCUGAACUCAAUAAACAACUCAAUGAAAGAAAACAGUCCCUGAUUAAAGAGCUAAAUUCUUAUGUCACCUUGAGAAAGACGUAUACGACUAGCCUUGCUGCUGCUGGCAAUAAAAGAGUUGAACUUUUUGAUGGAGCAGGAAGCAGUGAACCUACAGGCGAGGAAAACAUUCAAGUUGCAUCACCAAUGUCUAAUCAAGAGCUUAUUGAUGCUGGGAAGAGAAGGAUGGAUGAGACUGAUCAGGCUAUUGAACGGUCAAAAGGUAUACAGUUCGUUGUGGAGCAAACAAUGGAAGUUGGAGCUCAAACUGGAGUUGCCUUGAAGGGCCAAACAGAGCAAAUGGGUCGGAUUGUUAAUGAUCUUGAUACGAUUCAGUUCUCUAUCAAAAAGGCAUCUCAGCUAGUGAAAGAGAUCGGAAGAAGGGUUGCGACAGACAAAUGUAUCAUGUUCUUUCUAUUUCUGGUUGUUUGUGGGGUGGUAGCUAUUAUCAUUGUCAAGAUUGUGAAUCCGGGCAACAAAGACAUCAGAGACAUUCCAGGAUUAGCGCCACCAACUCCAGCGAGGAGAUUAUUAUCCUUGCCGGCUAAUUAUUAACUACAGUACUACUACACUGUUGUAGAGUUAAAGAGAUGAGGGCUAAUUAUUAACUACAGUACUACUACACUGUUGUAGAGUUAAAGAGAUGAGGUUCGAGUGAUUCUUGUAUUUACUUCUUUAUUGUUUUUACAAUGUGAGCCAUGGUUUGCGUAUAAACGUUCAAAUAUGCACAGAUAUAUGGUGUUUGGGCAUCUUCCAAUUUUUCUUCUUCACCUCUUUCUUUCUUUCUUUCUGUGUUUGCUAAUGUGAAAAUUUCUUGUCAUCAUUUUCCAGUUGUACGACACUUGUUUCUCGAGAUGU